GCUGAGUGCCAGGACCUGGCCCUGGCUGACAGUGCGUAGCAAAAGUAUUCAUAUGACUGGCCAAGCCAUUCUGUACAUCAAGGUGUUCAAGCUGACGACAUAGACCAGUUCAGAGGGGAAACGAGUGCGCGCCUAAAUGUCUUCCGGAAUCAAUUGUCGUGAGAUUUUCGUAUUUUUGGAAAUUUUGAUUUGGAAUCAAACGAAACAGAGAAAUCGACAAAACAGUCAGCAUAGCAACAACAAUAGCGGCGUCAGCAGCAGCAGCAGCAGCAGCACCAACACCAGCACCAGCAAAGAGACAACAACCAGCGGCGGCAGCAACCACAAAAAUCACUGCAACCGAAGAAGCGGCAAUAACAGCAACAACAACGCAGUGAAAGUGAUAAACCAGCAGCAGCAGCAGCAGCAGCAGAGGCAGCCACUGCCCCUGUCCGAAGCAGAAAAAAGCAAAAACUCUCGCAGCAGCAGCAGCAGCAACAAAAACAGUUUGCAUAUUCUGCAAAAGGGUUGAGCAAAUGAACAAUUAACAAAUCAUUGAUGAAUCGCUUUAAACGUUAAACAACAAAACAAAAACAAGCUAAGAAAUACGCGAACAAGUGUCUUAUUAUUAAAUAGUUAAACAAACAAAACAAGCAACAAUAUAUAACAUUAAUAUAUAUAUAUACAUAUAUAACCAGAUCCAGCAACAUCAACAAUUUAGUACCUACAGGCCUGACAACGUUAGAUCAUUAUAUAGCAAUAUACACCAUAUAUACAUACUAUAUAUACAUAUACAUAUAUACCUAUAUACAUACCCAAAUCGAUUGGCAAGUCCCCCCCUAUCCACUCACAACCCCCUCUGUCUCACAAACACCCACACACUGUGAUAGUUCUUGAUUCACACGGAAGGAAAUUCAUUCGCAAA